CAAAAAGAAGCACGCCUUUUCUAGCUUUGCAGAUUCCGCUGUUCUCUGUCGAUAACAUCAUUCCUCAUUAUUUAUGUUUUGUAAUGUAAGAAAACAUGUCUCUUUAUGAUGGCUUAGGUUUAGAUUCCAAAGAAAAGGUCCAGAGGGAUCCAAAAUCAGAUCUUGUUGGAUGGUCAUCAGGAAUAAAAUUACUUCAAUCUCAGCUGCAAUUGAAGAAAGCUGCUUUAACUCAAGCAAAGCGAGAACAACUAAAAAAGAGUGGCGCUGUUUUGCCUCCUGUUGUUGAUUUAAAAUCUAGAAAAGAUGAUACAGAAGAGCCUCAGCUCCCUAUUUUAGGACUUGGGCCGAAGGAAUCUAAAGGAAAUCCUACUUUACUUGGUGGUGAUUGGGAUAUACGACAAGAGUAUGAGCCUUUGUGGCCUAAUGAUUAUGAAAAAAUUAUGAGAGAUAGAAAUGAUCGUGAUAAAAGGAUACGAGAUCGUGAAAGAGAUAGAGAACGAGGAGAUAGGGAUAGAGACCGAGACCGAGAUAGGGAUAGAGACAGAGACAGAGAUAGAAUGGACAGAGAUUAUGAUAGAGAAUAUAAUGAUGAAAAACCUUAUAGGCGUAAUGAUAGAUAUAAUAAGAGGGACCGUUAUGAGAGGAAUAGAGAAUUUGACAGGAGUAGCAGAGAGUUAGACAGACCACCCCGAGAAGAAGAAUACGAAGAGGAAAGACCUAGAAGAGUUCCUGGUGCUGGUGCAGCAAUAGCUCCACCACCAUCACUUAUGGAAUCAACUGAUAAAAAAGAACCAACUGCUAUUCCUUCUACCCCAUUUACAUCAGGAAGUUCAGUUGCUGCUCGUAUUAUGGCUAAAUAUGGUUUUAAAGAAGGUCAAGGCUUAGGUAAAAAGGAACAAGGAAUGAGCCAAGCUUUGCAAGUUGAAAAAACUAGUAAAAGAGGAGGAAAGAUUAUUCAUGAAAAAGACCUAGCUAAAUAUGCUGAGGCACAACCCCCAUCUCCUCCUCAGUUUCAACCACCUGCUCCUCUGGCACCUCCUCAAGCUGUUAGUUCUCCUGUAUCCUCAUCUCAAGCAGAUUCUAUUACAGAAAUCAUGAAAAAUCCUUCAAAAGUGGUUCUACUGAGGAAUAUGGUUGGCCCUGGAGAGGUGGAUGAGGAUUUAGAGCCAGAGACUAAGGAAGAAUGUGGUAAAUAUGGAGAAGUAGUCAAAUGUGUCAUUUUUGAACUUCCAUCUGGACCAGAUGAUGAGUCUGUUAGAAUCUUUGUGGAAUUUAAGAGAAUGGAAUCUGCUAUUAAAGCUGUUGUUGAUUUAAAUGGACGAUAUUUUGGCGGAAGAGUGGUGAAGGCUAGUUUUUAUGAUGUUGAUAAAUUUCAAAGGCUGGAACUUGCUGACUAAACCAUUUUUCCUUGUUCAUCAUAUUAUGUAUUAUAUGAAUAUCAUUUUUUUUAAAGAACA